GCAUGCAAUGCUCACAAGGGCAAAAGAGCAAAAAUGGCGGGCUUCCGUUUAAACUUUCUCUAGAAUUCUUGUAAGUUCUAGACUUCCUAACAUGUCUUCUUAGGCAGCCAAAGUAUGUCAAACGCGAGAAAAAACCAUCUUCCCAAGCACCUCGAGAAUGCCAGCGAAUUUAGGCUGUUUAUUUAUGAUGUGACAGAGUCAAAAACUUUCGGUGGCGCCAUUUUGUUUGUGAUUUUGCUCAACACAAUCAUCUUGAUAACACAGACCGAUGAGGCUGUUUAUGUUAAUGCAAGUUGGUAUUUUUCCGCUUUGGAUAACUGCUUUCUCGCUAUCUACUUUGUGGAAAUUGUUCUCAAACUUUACGCGUUACAAGAAACUUUCUUCAAGAGUGGAUGGAAUAUUAUGGAUCUGACCAUCGUACUAUUCACUACCAUGGACUUUCUGCUACCACUCAUUGUCCAGAACAUGGGGUCAUUUGAUGUGGCGGCCAUCUUUAGGCUGCUGCGCAUGUUCAGAGCCAUACGCGCCCUCAGAGCACUCCGCGUGUUGCGGACCAUCAGGUUCCUGAAGAACCUACAAGUCAUCAUGACCACCAUAUUGAAGUCCUUUAGGGCACUGAGUACCAUUGUCAUGCUGCAGGGUCUGUUCCUGUACAUGUUUGCUGUGAUUGGGCGUGGCUUAUUCUACGAUGUAUCCCCUGAGCGGUUUGGUAGCCUGGGCAAGGCAUUCUUCACCCUUUUUCAGCUCAUCACCCUUGACGAUUGGUUCUACAUGUACAGCGACGCUGUCAACAAAGAUCCAAAAUACUCCUACAUCAUCUUGUACCUGAUUAUCUACAUCAUACUGGAGAACUUCAUAUUCAUGAACCUGUUUGUAGCUGUCCUUGUGGAUAACUUUCAAAGAACGCUCACAGCUUUGGAAGAGAAGAAAGUCCACCACAAAAAGAGCGGGAUCCAAGUCAGAAGCGUAUUUGCAGGCGACGAUGCCAAACAGACGGAAAGCAUAGCUUUGUACAACUUAUCCGAUAUGUCAUCCGAUAGCGAAGAUGAUGCUAUAACAGCGGAGUCUUCAUGGCGACCAAAGAAUAUAGAUGAUUAUUACAGCGAAGAGAAGUUACCAGAUAGCAAAGAGCGCGAACUGGUGUCGCAGUAUUUUAUGCUGCUUACUUCCUUGGAGUACAAUAAACACCAGAUGAUGCGAGCCCAAGCGUCCAUUGAUGACCUUAUCGAUGUUACCGUUAACGUCCCCGACGUUCCUGAAGAGUUGAUUUGAUGCGUUUUCCACCACAUAGUCGAUGCUUGCCGUCACUACAGGUGGAUAACGAGGGUUCUCUUAAGUUUUUAACCGAUGCACUUGAUGUAGCUAAUAUCUUUACAAUUUACGUUAAAGUUUACAUUAUCAGGUAA